GGAGGGGGCCUCCGAGUGUUCCAGGGAAGAGGGCUGCCCAUCAGGUGGGGCUUCCGUCAUUGUGGUCUGCCUCUUCCCUGCAGGGCGACAUCCAGCAGCUGCUCAUCGUCUCAGAUCAUCAAGCCGCCUAUGACUACUGUGAACACUACAGCCCAGACUGCGACACAGCGGUGCCGGAUGUGCCUCAUUCGCAGGACCCAAACCCUGAUGAAUACUACCCAGACGGGGCCGGGAACUUGGAAGUUGAAGGAGAAACUUACUAUUAUGAAUACCCCUACUAUGAGGACCUCGAUGACACAGGGAAAGCCACCCCGACCACUGUCCAACCUGUGGAAACUGAUGGAGCAGCCAGGGAAGUGACUGAAACCACUGAGAGCCCCACCCCUCCGCCCACCCCCCCACCGGUGGUGGAGAAGACCCAGGAGGAGAUUCCCAAGGAAGAGGAUGAACUGCUGUUGGAGGAAUACAACUACGGGCCCAUUACGGACGAGUACUACACGCCAAUCCCUUACGAAGACCUCAACUAUGAAGACCUGGACAAUUUCGAUAAGCUCCCAGAAGAGGGCAUUGAGGCAGAAGUUCCCACCAGCACGGUCAUCACCUACAAUGAAACGGAUACCACAGGAAGAGUAAGUGAAGGUGGAGAGGAUCCUGAUAAAGAUUUCUCUGUCACUGAGUACGGGGAAGGAUACUAUGACGGUUACUUCGACAGGACUGACUCCCCUGACAUUGGACCCGGGAUGCCUGCUAACCAGGAUACCAUUUAUGAAGGGAUCAGUGGGCCUCGAGGCGAAAAGGGGCAGAAGGGAGAGCCAGCGACCAUAGAGCCAGGCAUGCUUCUCGAAGGACCAGCUGGCCCAGAAGGCCCAGCCGGGCUUCCAGGUCCCCCGGGAACAACGGGGCCAGCGGGCCCAAUGGGAGAUCCUGGAGAAAGGGUAAGUUCUCUCGCAGGUAGGGUUACCUGGAGCGGAGGGCACCGCUGCCUCCCAGACUUCUAGCUGGGGGAGGUUGCAAGCCACUUGGG